UAACACUUGAAUAUUUUAUCAUGAUAGCAAUGACACUGCUCAGACUUCACAUGUAAUAUACCCAAAUAACCUCAUGCUGUUGGCACUUCUGUAGCAUCUCACUCACAGCCUACAUGUGGAUGCCCUCUUUCAGGAACACAUCACAACCUGAAAUCAUAACGUGCUUCUGUUUGCUCAGCAGGGGCACUGUUGCCAGACAUGUUGCUAAGUGACAAAGUAACACAACACAUUUUUGUGUGUGUGUGAAACGAGUUGAGCUGGGUGCCGUGUAUCAGGAGCAUGCAGGCGGGGGAAAAGGAAAAAAAACAGGACUCAGGUCGUUUCAGGCGAGAGCUGUAAGACCUCAGCUUUUCUCUGUGUCUCUCACAACUGUAAAUAAUUAGAUCUUGGAUCCAGAGUUCAUCAUCCUUUUCAUUUUCUCCGCCAGCAAAACAUUUUGGCCGAGGAGUCACCCAGUUGUCUUUCCACACCUGCAGACAGAUCACUGGAGCAAAAUGAAAACAAUGGUAAGAGUAAAAUGACAAGAAAUUCUGCCUACCUGCAGAGCCACAGACAGAUUACUAAAUCAUAAAUUACUGUGAGCUGGUGUCAUGGUUAUUCCCACAUAGGUACCAGUUUAUUUUGCGUCACUUCCACCAUCCUUGUUAAAAGAAUCAGGUUUGUGAGAAUAAUCAAGUAAAAGAAACUGGCCUUUUCAAGAAAAAUGUCUCUAAUUUCCAAUUUGUUUGUGAUUUUAUAAUAUAUUUAAGUGGCUCCGUCUCAUGGAGGUAAUUCUGCUCUGAACCGCACCACCGGCAGCCCGUUACCUCCUCUGACUCAGGAUGAAGGUGCAGGUAAUGAUUCUCUUCCCUCCCUCUUGUGAGCAUAUAACAGGUGUCACAUCAGAGUUGGUGAUGAACUCUUAAUUUAGGUAUCGGUCUCACUGCUGAAUCUUUAUUUUGUUUAUGUUUUUUCACUCUAGGCACAUUUAAAAAAAACAGUGUUUCACCUCGAAACAUGUCCCAGUACAGGAAUGUGUUCAAUGAGCGUGCUAGGACGGGCUUCUGCUACUGGCUUGUGGAGAAGAGUCCAACAUGUUAGUACUGACUGAAGAAAAAUGAAGCAAAACGUACAAUAGAUAUCUGCUUAUUGCAACUUUCAUGCACGUGUUGCUGGAUUAUCUAAUGUGAUACUAACAACCUGAGUUCCAAAAAGUUGGUAAGCUGUGCAAAAUGUAAAUAAAGACAGAAUGCAUUGAUUUGCAAAUCCCAUGAACUCAUAUUUGAGUUACAACAGAACAUAGAAAACAUAUCAAAUGUUUAAACUGUGAAAAAUGUACCAUUUUAAGAUAAAUAUUUGCUUAUUUUGAAUUUGAUGACAGCAACACAUCCCAAAAAAGUUGACACAGGGCUGUGGUUACCAAUGUGUAGGGUCAGCUCCUCUCCCUUACAACAGCCUGUAAACAUCUGGGAAAGGAGGAGACCAGCUGUUGAACGUUUGGGGGAGGAAUGUUGUCCUAACCUUGUCUGAUACAGGAUUUUAACUUCACAGCAAUUCUGGGUCUUCUUUCUCAUAUUUUCCGUUUCAUGAUGUAUUAAACGUUCUACUGUGGUGCCAUUGUGUUGUAGUAGAUCAAGUAUACGGUUUAGCAUUAUCUAAAAUAUGAAAGGCCUUCCCAGAAAAGUACAUCAUCUGGGUUUCUGCAUUUAUGGUGCCCUUUCAGAUCUGCAAAUUCCAUAGGCACUAAUGCAACCUCACACCAUCAGAGAUGCAGGUUUUUGAACUAAGCUGGAUGCUCCCCCUCCUCUUUAUUCCAGAGGACAUUACUCAGUCCCUUUUUACAUGAGCUUUACCUGAGAGAAGACAGGCUCAUUUAUGGAACAUGCUCACAUAUGGCUUCUUCUCUACACGAAGAAGUUUUAACCUGCAUUUGUGACAGUGAACUGUGUUUACAGACAAUGAUUUCUGAAAGCGCUCUUGAGGCUCUGAAUGAUUUGUCUUUUUUAAAUGCAGUGCCACCUGAAGUCCCGAAGUUCACGGGACUUCAGGUGGCGAUUUAUUUUUUUCAGCUGUGUCCAUUGUGCACAGAAAUUUCUCUAGAUUCCCUGAAUCUUUUGAUGAUAUUAAGUAGAUGAUGAGAUAUUCAAAGUCUUCACAAUUUAAUGCUCACAAUAGAAUAAUUUUAUGUUCUAUUGUGAAUCUAAUUUUUGAUGGCAGACCAUAAAAUGAAUCAAGUGAUUCUCACAAUCAACAUCUGUUGCACCACAGCAGAUGAUUGUAUAAGAGAUAAUUCUUAUACAAGAAUGUUCAUGAAUGGGUUGCUGUUAUAAGGAAGGACAAUGAUACAUGACUAGUUUACACAUUGACAUCUUUUUCUUUUCAUUCCUCUAGGUAAAGGAUGCAGCUUUGGUGCAUAUAAAACCUUUCUGGGAUUACCAAAAGUUUGAAGAAACAGUUCACCAGACCUCUUCUAAAGAUGCCCACAUUAGUUUGAAAAGCUGAGCUUGCACUUACUUGAAAAUCUGUAAAGAAGCAUUAUCAGAAAUACACAUACUUCUGGAAAUUUGUUUAACUUUCUUUUUUCUGCACAAGUAAUGAGGUAUGGCAAAUUACAAAACUUUAUUUCCAAAAGAGACUUGAUAUAUAGCCUGCUCAAGUUCUCUUCGCAAAAUAUCUUUAUUUUGUUUUUAACAUAAGUAAUAAUGAUAAUGGCAAAUUUAAAUUUAAUAAGUUAAGCCUCACCUCUCAUCACCUUCACAAGUGGAGUGAAAAUCUUGUAUAUUCCCCUGUGCUUUAAACGCUGUAUUCGUCUUUUUUAUGGUUGACUUUGUCUUUAGUUUCCAUUCAUUCUUAUAGUCUUAACAGAUCAGGUCUAGUAAAAGUGGUUAGAACGUAAAAUAUAGUUUUAAACACACAAACACACAUAUACCUCACUAAAUUGCUUUUAUUUAUUUUCUAGGUGGAGGUGGGUGAGAGUCUGAUAGUUUUCCUGUUGUGAUUUCUUUUUAAAUUUAUUUUCUUGUUGCUGCUUCUGCACCACGUACACCGCAUACUAAACGCUUUUUUUUUUUUAAAUUUAAACAAUUGAACAACAAACAUACAUUGUAAUGUAGAUUAUAGAAAGGGUAUGAAAAAUUUCACAGCUUGCAGUAUCUUUUACAAGUAAUGAAUACAAAUACAAGUACGUAAACAAAAAAGUAUACUUUAGGAGAAAACAAACAAACAAAACUGGGGAGAAAAAAAAAAAAGGUGCUCAAGGUAUAAAUAAACAACAUAUAAGUCAAGUGAAACUAUACAUUCGACACAGCUCUUGUGUUUUACAUGCUUUGGAGUUAGUGCUGUUCCUUAGAUUCUCUAGAUAAUUGGAAAACAGGGCUUUAAAAGCAAAUAUGUUUGGACGCUGUUGAGAAAAUUUUGUACAAUGUAUGUGAAAUUUGGCAAAAAUAAUCAGAAGAUUGAUAAUAUAUUUUUUUCCUGGAAUUUUUUUAUCAGUAUGUGAGAGGCCAAAUAGAAUAUGCUCAAACUUCAGUUUACAUGAGGGAUCAAUUUUGGUGUUUAUAAAAUUAUUUAGAUCAAUCCAAAAUAUGUGUAUACGUGCAUUCCCAAAAUAGAUGACAUAUUGUUUCCUCUGCAUUGCUGCAAAAAGUACAAAGAGUAUCAAUAUUUUCCUUAAAUUUAACCAGAUAUGUCUUUACCGUAUAACAUCUAUGGAUCAACUCAAGAGUAACUUCUCUUAUCUUAUUAAUGAUAAUAAAUUUCCUUGAUAGAAUCCAAGUGUUUUUCCAGUCUAUCAUUGUAAAUAUUGUUCCAGUAAAAUACAGCUGCAUGUUUGGAAACAAUAUCUCUUUGAAUGAUUUGUCUAAUACAUUGAUUUGUCGCUUUAUCACUCAAUAAAGGACAGAUGUUACUGAUGUAUAUGCUAGCAGGAUUUAGUUCUGGAAUAAUACAAUUUCUACCUUUAGGAGCAGACACCAAUAACCUUCUCACCCCAUCUGGUAUUGCAUCAAAAACUACAGCAUAUUCUCUUGGAGCGACAGGAAAAUGAUAAACAGACAAAAAUUCCCUAUAAGAAAAUAAUUGACCAUUAUCAUUCAGUAAUUGACUCACAAGUAAAAUUUUUCUAUCAACCCAUUUCUGAAUAUAUAAUGAUUUGUUCUUAAAUGUAAUAUCCUGAUUGUUCCAAAUGAGAUAUUUAUGGGAAGAAAAGUUGUGAGAGUAUAUCAUUAACCAAGAUGAUAAGAGUUGACUAUGAAAGUUGGAGAGUUUAAUCGGUAGUUUAGAGAUAUUGUAAUUGCAUCUUAGCAGAAAGUGCAUUCCUCCAAGUGAGUUAAAGAUAUGGUUGGUAAUAAAAAUCCAAAUUGAAUUGGGAUUUUUUUAAAAAGAGUUUGAUCCAUUUGAUUUUAAAAGACGCAUUUAAGGAAGUGAAAUCUAAAGAAUUUAGGCCACCAGAACACAACUUGUUUAUCAUUACAUUUUUUUUAAAUAUAAUGUAUUCUCUUUUUCCAAAUGAAGUUAAAUAAUAUUUUAUCAAUUUUUGUGCAUAAUUCUUUUGAAACAUCAAGUGCCAUAGCUGCAUAAAUAAGUCUGGAGAGGCCUUCAACUUUGGCUACCAAGGAUCUUUCAGUAAUGGAUAAAUCUCUUUGAAACCAAAUAUUAAAUCUUUGUUGUAUUGCAGUUAUAAGAGGGUCGAAUUUUUCAGAUAAUCUGGCAUCUUGGUCUUUUUGAACGGUAAUACCAAGAUAUUUAACCUUAUUUUUAACAGGAACACCUGAUAUAAUAGUAUCUGUGCAGAAUUUAACAGGGAGAAGUUCACAUUUUGGAAUGUUGAGUUUAAGACCAGAGGCUAUUGAGAAAUUAUUGACAACUUUGAGACCUUCAUCAACUUGAUAUUUAUCCUUUAAAAAAAAAAAAAAGUGUUGUGUCAUCCACUAGUUGAGUAAUAGAUAAUGUUCUGCCAGCAACAGAGAGACCCACUACACUGCUGUUUUUAAAAUGAAUAGAUAGUAACUGAAUAGGAAGAAGGAAAAGAUAUGCAGAAAUUGGGCAACCUUGACGGAUCCCACGGUUGAUGUCAAAUCUUUUCGUUGUACCAAAUGGGAGUUUGAUUGAGCUAUUUGCGUCUGCAUAUAAAGUUUGAAUUGAUUUUUUAAACAUAUUUCCAAAACCAAAAAUAUCAAGUGCUUUGAACAUGAAUUCAUGUUCAAUGGAGUCCUAUCAAAAGGGUGUCUUUUUGAGGUUUAGGAAUCAAAGUAAUUAGUCCCUGAGUCAAGGAAGGAGGGAGCUUUUCAUUAUCAAUGCUUUCAAUAUAUACUUUAUGUAAAAAGCGUGAUAAGUCCUUUGAAAAUAAUUUGUAAAAUUCAGAAGUCAAACCGUCAUUUCCUGGACUCUUAUUAAGUUUCAUUUUAUUAAUAGCACCUUCAAUAUCUAGUGUUGUGAUGGGGACAUCACACAGUUUUAUUAUUGUCACUAAUUGUUUUAAUAUUACCUAAGGAAUUAUAAAAUUUUCCCAUCGCUUCUGUAGAAAAAUUAGAUUUGUAUAAAUUUUAUAAAAAAAGUUCACAAGUCUUGGAAAUCACUUGAGGGUCUUGUGUGAUGACCCCAUCUGAACAAAGUUUAGUCAUGCUGCCAAGUGUAUUAUGAUGCUUUUCUAAUUUGAAAAAAUAGCUAGAGUUUUGUUCUCCCUCUUCAAGGCAUCUCCUUCUUGACCGCACAAAGGCACCUUUUGCCUUGUAAAUAUAUAUAUUAUCUAAUUUUAAUUGUAGAAUUUGAAGUCUGUUCCGGUUAUCUUCAGAUAAAUUAUCGGGUGAUCUUGACAAAGCGAUAAUUUCAGAAAUUAUUUCCAACUCUUCUUUUUUUCUAUUUUUAACUAUUCCACUUCCCUUUUUCAUUAAAAUGGACCUCAAUUCAAAUUUCAUGAGCUCCCAAUUUUUACAAAAAGCAUUUUCAACACAUGCCUUGUUCCAAUACUCAUCUAUUUUCAUUUUCAUUUCCUUUACCAAAGAAUCAUUCAGUAGAAGAGAAUUAUUUAAUUUCCAAUAUGAAUUCACUCUUUUAGACAGAUUACUGGCAUUAGGGCUGCACGAUUUUGCAUAAAAUGAGAAUCACGAUUUUUUUGCUUAGAAUUGAGAUCACGAUUCUCUCACGAUUUUCUUUUCCAAUAUAAAUAUUUAUCGCACUUAUUAACUGCACAUCAACUUCGUAACAGUUGAAACUGAACAUAAAAACAAUAAAUAAACAUAAAAACAAUAAAUGCCUCACAUUUUGUGGUUGCUGCAAAAUGUUGUACUGCUUGAAAUUCCGUCUCCACCGUUGCUCGACACUGCGUGUAUAGAGCAGGUAGUGCAACAAUAGAAAAAUAGUUGCGGGACGGCACUGUGUAGCGUUUGUCUAGGGUGUUGAUCAUUUUCCUAAAUCCCUCGUUUUGCACAGUGUUGAUAUAUCUUUGGUCAGGUGAUAAGUAAUAGCCUCCGUAAUUUCUUUGUGCCUGCGGGAGUUCAACGUGUAUAGGGAAGCGCUGUAUAAGGUUCCCGUUAUUGAUGUUUGGGUGGUUGACCGGGACGGAUUUUCUCCUGUCACUUUCUCGUCAUCCCUGACGUGUUCUCCGUUGUUUUUUCCUGCCAAUUUGAGGAUCACGGCACAGCUUCUGUAUCACGUGGUAUAAGGCUCCGCCCUUGUCAUUUGUUGAGCAGGAAGAGUGAGCGCUUGUUUUCAUGCAGAUUACGUCCCGGAUCAAAAUGCGGUACAAUCGUCGUCGUCUUUUUUUUUUUUUUUUUUUAAAUCGUUGUCAUUUGGAAAUGAGAUCGCACAUAAGUAUGAAUCGAGAUCGCGAUUUUCUAACGAUUAAUCGUGCAGCCCUAACUGGCAUACAAACAUAUCUCCAAAAAAAUUGUUUUAUGAUCUGUCAACGGUGUUGGCAACAUUUUUGAUGUAGAAACAUAUUCGGAUAAAGGAUCAGAAAUUAGCCAAUAAUCAAUACGAGACUGUAAUGAACCUGAUCUAUUUUUCCAUGAAAAUUCCUUAAUUGUUGGAUUUUUGAAUCUCCAGAUAUCAAUUAGGUCUCUUUCAUUCAUAAAAUCCAACAUAUAAUUACUACUUUCCUAACUUUUACUUGUCCAUCUAUCAUGUUAUUGAACGAGUGAUUCCAGUCUCCUCCUAAUAUAAUCUUUAAUUAGCAAAUUUACUUAUUAAAGACUCAAUUUUUUCAUUUACUACAAGUAUUAGGUCAACAUUCUCCUGUUUGUUUUUAUAGCCCUUAAUGUUACCCAGUAAGAGGGUCUGAUCAUUUAAAAAAAAAAACAACCAGCAAAAUAAAAUGUCCUUUUGGAUCAGUUUCUGAAGAUAUAAUUUUUCCAUUAAAUUUAUGCCUUAAAAUCAGAGUUCCCGCUGAAUGGUUUGUGCCAUGAGACAUCCAUAAAUCUUCGCCCCAUUGGGAUUUCCAGAAGUUAGCGUCCUUAGGUUCAGAAUGGGAUUCUUGUAAGAGACAAAAGUCAGUAUUGAAACUUUUAGCAUAUAAAAACAUAGCUUUCCUUUUGGUAUUGUCCCUUAGUCCUCGAGCAUUAAAAGAAAUAAAGGAUAAAGAUGAAAUUUGGAAAAGUAAAUUAACUUUUUACCCUGAGAAGAGUCUGUAAGCUUCAGAGAGAGCAGAACUACUCUGUCUAAAAAAGUGCUUCACAAAACGUUUUAGCAGCAACAGCAUACUAUAAGUCUUUAGAACAAUAAGGAAAGGAAACCUUGAGGUAUAUCCACAAACAGGACUGGAAGAGAUUUCAGUGAAUUUCUUUUCUGUUCAGGAAAGCACAGUCUCCGACGAAGUAGGUAAUUUCCCCUUCCUUACGUGCUUUCUCCACCUGUGGCCAUAGCUGGUUGCGUCUCUCUCGGUCCUCGGGAUUAAGAUCUUCUUUGAAAUGAAGUUUCCUUCAGGUCUUCAGGUAGUCAGAUCGCUUCGCCGCCUUCCAGAUGAUGUCUCGAAAGUGUCUCAUGGUAAAUUGCAGGAAUGUGGCGCACAAGAGGACUCACGUCGUUGACCGAUCCUGUGGACUGAAUCAAGUACCUCCGGGAACUUUUCACGGUGGUCAGGAUCCAUGUUUUGGCAAAUUUCAAUAACCUUACUGCGUACGUUUUCUCCUUCUUCUUCAGGUAGCGCGUGAAGUCGCAGGUUCCAUCUUCGUUUACACCUUGUUUUCCAGUAUUUGAAUUUUCUCUUCUGCUUUAUCCACCCUUAUUUCAGUACGAGACACUUUUCAUUUUAGCUCCCUGAGAUCUUCUGAGAUAAAGUUAAUAGUAACCUUCAGAUCGCUAAUACUCUUCUCGCUCCUUGCUCUUCAAUAGCCAUCUUGAGCGUCGUAAUAAUGCUUUCCGCCGUGUCAGUUUCCAUCACCCUUUUCUUACCAGAAGGUUUUGAAGGGGAGGAAGUAGGAGUGAUAAGAGCUCAUUUGAUCCCAGGUUUUUUGCCAUUACAUACAGCUAGAGUUCGCUUUGCUGCUUCUAAAGGGAUUUUAAGACAGAGCGAGUUCUGUAGCACACAGUUCACAGCGCCGCCAUCUUACCCCCCGCCCUACCGAACGUAUCUCUUGUGGCGAGCCACUGCAUGUCGUCACGCAUGUCCCGACCAAUCAGAGAUCAGAGCAGUUCGACGUUCCACACUUUCAACCGGAAAAGUGACUGUAAACAAACUAGUUGAGAAGUACUUUUCUCGCUGCGGCGUUUAAAAGUGUUUUUAACAUUUUCUGUUGUAUAAGAUAAGUAAGCGACUAGACAGAUUAACUGAUACGAUUUUUAUAAUUUCGAGUAGCUGCCGUCGCGGACGAUUGUAAACAUUUAGGGAGCUACUUGCUAGCGUUAGCUACAGAACGCGACUCUCGCUGCGAUAACAGUUUAGCAUUAUUUAGCUCCAAUGCCUCAAGAAGGAGAGGAGUCUCUUCCUCUGGUUCGUUCCCUGAACGGUCAGAUACCAGUUCAAGUGAUGUUUUAUAACCGUAGUCCCCGUGUCGUACGGCCUUUGUGGAUAAAUUACCAGGGAGAACCGCAUCCUUACGAAGACAUACAACCAGGGACGGGACUGAGGAUGAACACUUACGUCAGUCACCCGUGGAUGUUCAGAGAUGCAGAGACCGAUGACCCUCUCAAGGUCAACAGCAAAGAGCUGUUUCUUCCUAAGCCAGCAGGGGGUGGAAAUGUGACAUAUGUCAAUAUCAGUUUACCAGAAAGAGAGGAAGGAAAAGAAAAACAGAAGGGAAGAGGGACAGUGAGAAAGGGCACUUACAAAGACAAAGAGAAAAAAAAAAUCUCCUGUAUCACCUGUUGAGAGAAAAAGAAUAGAAAACAAGCAAAAAAAAAAAAACAAAGCAACAUACUAAACACAACACCAUCAUGUUAAUCUAGCUAAGUGUAAACAGCAAUAAAUACUAAAUAUUGAAUGUUGUUGUG